AUGAGGAGCGCGGCGAAGGGGGCCGGACGGACAGGCCAUGCUGCCCCCUCCCCCGACCCCGCUCGAGCGGGCGGGCGGGGACGGCCGAGGGGAGGGCCCGCCGGGGGCCGACCUGCCGGCUCCUCCCCCCGCCGCCCUGCGAGCAUAAAGCCCAGCGCUCGCCAGCCCGCCCGCCCGGGCGCUCGCGGAGGCGGCGGCGCCCGGACCCCGCUCCCGCCGGGCUCCCGGGUCCCCGAGGGCAAGAGAGACCCCCCCGAAUCCCGAGGCGGGCCGGGACCUGGGCGCGGCCGCACCCCCCACCCACCCCGGCACGGGGGCCGGGCCGCGGGAACGCCCUCCCGGAAUGAAGCGCUUCCCGGUGCCUUCAAGGUAGCUCGGUUCCGGAUCGGGGACCCCCCCCAUCCCUAG